UGAUCCUCCGCGUUUCAGCCCAAGAUCUCGAAAUGCAUCGUGAUUCCUGUCCAUUGGACUGUAAAGUUUAUGUAGGUAAUCUUGGAAACAAUGGCAACAAGACUGAAUUGGAACGAGCUUUUGGAUAUUAUGGACCACUCCGAAGUGUAUGGGUUGCUAGAAACCCUCCCGGCUUUGCUUUUGUUGAAUUUGAAGAUCCCCGGGAUGCCGCUGAUGCUGUCCGAGAACUAGAUGGAAGAACACUAUGUGGCUGUCGUGUAAGAGUGGAGCUGUCGAAUGGUGAAAAAAGAAGUCGUAACCGAGGCCCUCCUCCUUGGGGUCGUCGCCCUCGAGAUGAUUAUCGUAGAAGGAGUCCUCCUCCUCGCCGCAGAUCGCCAAGAAGGAGAAGCUUCUCCCGCAGCCGAAGCAGGUCCCUUUGUAGAGACAGGAGAAGAGAAAGAUCACUGUCUCGGGAAAGAAAUCACAAGCCUUCCCGAUCCUUCUCUAGGUCUCGUAGCCGUUCUAGGUCUAAUGAAAGAAAAUAGAAGAUCAGUUUGCAAGAGGAGUGGUGUACAGGAAAUAACUUCAUUUGACGGGAGUAUGUACAGAAAAUUCAAGUUUUGUUUGAGACUUCAUAAGCUUGGUGCAUUUUUAAGAUGUUUUAGCUGUUCAAAUUUGUUUUUUGUCUCAAUGGUGACACACAUGAGGAUGUAACUCUAUGGUUUAAAAUUGAUCAUAUGAGGCAUGUUGUAAUAUCAAGAAUUUGUUACUUUACAAUGUUCCCUUAAGCAAAAUUGAAUUUGUUUUGAAUUUUUAGUCUUGCUUUAGACGGAUAAUAAACCUCUAAAUCCUGUCCAGCCAGAGUGUGCUGUUUUAAUAGUAUGGAAAUAAAACUGGCAAAAAUUAAGGUCUUUAAUUUUUGUCCAUAGCUGGGAAGUAGUAUGCAAUUGUAGUUGAAAAAGCAGUCUUUUAAAAGUGCUGUGAAUACAAGCCAGCUGGUAAAAAAAAAAAAAAUUUAAAUUAGAUCAGAGGUUUUAAAAAAAUUACAGUCUUCACUGGGCACGAUUGCCCAGUUGGUGUAGAAUCUGAUGUUUCAAGAAAGUUACCUUUGCUUUUAGGUCAAGUUCCUUAUGUGAUUGCUGUGUAUUGAAUACAUAGCUGUUUAAUAACAUCCUUUUGCGGGGGGUGGGGUGGAAUUUGAGACUGUUAAAGAUAUCUGUGUCCUGCCAGUUUAAGGGUACAUUGUAGAGCUAAACUUUGAGUUACUGUGCAAGAUUUUUUUCAUGCUGUCAUUUGUAAUAUGUUUUAUGAGAAUCCUUGGGAUUAAAGUUUUGGUUACAAAUUGUUGUUUAACUUGAAAGCCUGAAAGCCUGUUUUUCCUUGCAAAUCUGUGAGCUUGGUACCAAGUCCAGGUAUAACAUUCCUGUUGGAAGCCAUACUUAAUAUUUUCUUGUAAAGUGCUUUUGAAGUAAUAAAAUAAUAGCAUAAUUG